AUGGAGGGCUCCACCGGGUUUGGGAUCGAUUCCAUCCUCUCCCACCGAGCCAGCAGCCCGGCCGUGCCCAAGGGGGACCCGCUGGUGGGCGACGGCCGGUCCCCGCUAGAGCUGAGCCCCCGCUCGGAGGGCAGCAGCGGGUGCCCCUCGCCCCGCUCGCCGGGCCGCGAGUGCCUGGAGGCGGCGGUGCCGCGGCAGGGCCUGGAUGCGCUCCUCCAGCCGGGGCAGGUCUCGGCCCCCUCCCAGUCCCGGACCGUCACCUCCUCCUUCCUCAUCCGAGACAUCCUGGCUGACUGCAAGCCCCUGGCCGCCUGCGCUCCUUACUCCAGCACCAAUGGACCUCACGGAGGGCAGGAGCCGCCGGGCAGGAUCCCAACCAAGCCCUGCGAGGACUUUCGGGAGAAAAUGGACAAAAACACCAGCAGCUCCUCCUCGGACUCGGAGUACAAAGUGAAAGAAGAAGGGGACCGAGAGAUCUCCAGCUCCCGGGACAGCCCCCCGGUGCGGCUGAAAAAGCCGCGCAAAGCCCGCACCGCCUUCACCGACCAUCAGCUGGCCCAGCUGGAGCGCAGCUUCGAGCGGCAGAAGUACCUGAGCGUGCAGGACAGGAUGGAGCUGGCCGCCUCCCUCAACCUCACCGACACGCAGGUGAAAACCUGGUACCAGAACAGAAGGACCAAGUGGAAAAGGCAGACGGCGGUGGGCCUGGAGCUGCUGGCCGAGGCUGGCAACUACUCUGCUCUCCAGAGGAUGUUCCCCUCGCCCUACUUCUACCCGCAGAGCCUGGUCUCCAACCUGGACCCCGGCGCCGCUCUCUACCUGUACCGCGGACCCAGCGCUCCGCCCCCGGCCCUACAGAGACCCUUGGUGCCCCGCAUCCUCAUCCACGGACUGCAGGGCGGCAGCGAGCCCCCGCCGCCCCUGCCCCCGCUGCCCGGCGUCCUGCCGCGGGCAGCGCAGCCCCGGUGA